UUAAAAUAUCCAAAAUAAUUUUAUUAACUUUAAUUAUAAGCUAUUUUAAUAUUAUUGAAUCAAAUACUAUUAAAACAGUUACUAAUACUAAUCAAACAAUUGAUGAAAAAUCUAUAUACCUGUGCGGUGGUAGAGAUAAUGGUUCAAUAAUUCAUAGCUCAUGUUAUAAAUAUAGUCAACAAACCAAUGGUUGGCAAUCUAUACAAUCGAUGCCAACUAUACUCAUGAUGUUUGGUAUGGUAUCAGUGGAUAUGAAAUUAUAUACAAUCGGUGGUCAAACUGAUUUUGUUGUAACCAAUAGUUGUCAAACAUUUGAUACUAAAUCAGCUAAAAAUCAAUGGAUAGGAUGCCCUUCAAUGACAAUAAAACGAACUUAUAUUGAUGCCGUAGUACUUAAUAAUACUAUUUAUGUUUGCGGUGGAGUAGACGGAUUUAUAUUUAAUUCGUGCGAAUAUUAUUCACCUGAAACUGAUGGCAGUCAAUGGCAGUCGACAACACCGAUGAAUAGGGAACGGUCUGGUUCAGCACUGGUAGCCCAUGACGGCUAUCUGUAUGCUAUCGGAGGUGCUAAUCAUUUUCAUGAAAAUUCAAUGGAAAAAUAUGAUCCAAUAACUAAACAAUGGACAUUAAUGGCAAAUAUGAACCAUACUAGAUCAUUUUUUGGUUCCGUAUCAUUUAGGGGUAAAAUAUAUGUUUGCGGCGGUCAUAAUAUUUUUGAUGAGAAAACAUGUGAAUCAUAUGAUCCCGAAACAAAUCAAUGGACACAAAUUGCAUCAAUGUUAAAUGCUCGUACAGAUUUUAAGCUAGUUGCUUUUAAUAAUAGCUUAUUAGCAUUGGGCGGUAUAUCAGGCUAUGAUAUUGCCGAUACUGUCGAUACUAUUGAAAUAUAUGAUUUGAAGACAAAUAAAUGGUCGCAAUCGUCAUCGUUAUCGAUGCCGACAAAACUUUUCGGAUAUGGGGUAACUGUCAUGUAAUUACAAAUAUUGGAAAAAAAGUUAUAAAAACAAUUUGUACUAUGGUUU